AUGGUUCAUGAACAAUCUCAUCAUUCACCUAGACUGUCUCAUCAUAUCAUCUCAAAUGCUCAACUGCACGACUCUCUCACCAAGUUCUGGGAACUUGAAGAAGUUCCAGAGUCCUGCAACGAAACUCUAACCGUCGAGGAAGCUGAGUGUGAAGCUCACUUCCUAUCAACUCAUUCUCGAGAUGCAUCAGGACGAUACAUCGUCCGUCUACCAUUCAAAUCAUCAUAUCAGAAGCUAGGUGAAUCUCGUCAUAUUGCGCAGCGCUGUCUCAACCGUCUCAUGAAGCGUCUUUCUCAAAACCCAGAACUUCAAGGUCAAUAUACUACUUUUCUCAACGAGUAUGAAUCACUUGGACACAUGACUCGAGUCUCAUCUACAUCGCCUGAACCUUCUCAUGUAUAUUAUUUACCUCAUCAUUGCGUUGUUCGCGAAGACAGCGAAACCACCAAGUUGAGGGUCGUGUUCAAUGGUUCAAGCAAGACAUCAUCAGCCAGCUCUCUCAAUAAUCAUCUGCAUAUCGGCCAAAGUCUUCAAGCAAAGAUCUGUGAUGUACUGCUGUACCUCAGAAGUCACAGAUACAUCUUUUUGACGGACAUCGUGAAGAUAUUUCGUCAAAUUCUCAUUCACUCUGAUGACAGGGAUUAUCAGCGCAUUCUCUGGACUGAAAAUGGUCUCACUGUGGCUUAUCAACUCAACACCGUCACAUAUGGCACUCGACCAGCACCAUAUCUUGCUGGCCGAGCUCUCAAACAACUUCUCAUCGACGAAGGGUCUCAAUAUCCACUAGCAGUGGAACCCUUUCAAAAGGGCAGCUACGUCGACGACAUCGGCGGCGGUGCCGACAAUCUCAGCGAUCUCAACGACAUUGCAAACAAUGUCGAGGCACUUUGCAACUUAGGUUGCUUUUCACUAGCUAAAUGGAAGAGCAACCACCCUCAGUUCAACAAAAUCUCAUCAUCACUCAGUCCAAAAGAUUCUCAUUCAUUCUCAGACCACAUCUCAAAAAUCUUGGGUCUCUCAUGGAAUUGUCAAGAAGACGUUCUCACAUUCACUGGCAAGACGUUUCAUACUCUCAGUAUCACCAAGCGCACCAUCACCUCAGAGGCUGCUCAGCUAUUUGACCCUCUAGGUUUAAUCUCACCAGUAAUUGUAAAAGCAAAAAUCAUCAUCCAGGACAUUUGGCUACAAAAGGUCGACUGGGAUGAUUCACUCUCACCAGAGCUAGUUCACCGAUGGAAAACUUUCCGCGAUGAACUACCUCAACUUUCUCAUCUCAGAAUUCCUCGAUGGAUCAAUCUCAUCCCAAAUUUAUCUGGCAUCGAGAUUCACGGGUUUUAUGACGCAUCUCAAGCUGCAAUGUCUGCAGUAAUAUAUCUCAGAGUCUGUCAACCUGGCGAACAGACUAUCAUCUCUCUCAUCUGCUCAAAAACAAAGGUCGCACCACUCAAACGUCUCACAAUUCCUCGACUCGAACUCUCAGCUGCAUUAUUGCUCUCAAAACUGGCAUCUUAUGUCUCAUCUACGCUGCAAUUAUCUCAUGUUCCAACUUAUUUGUGGACCGACUCAUCAACAACACUUGCUUGGGUUACCAGUGAACCAACAAGAUGGAAAGAAUUCGUCAAGAAUCGAGUUGAAGCGAUCCAGCAACAUUCUCCAAAUGCACACUGGAGAUACAUCUCAGGAAAACAAAACCCUGCUGACUGUACAUCCAGGGGUCUAUCCGCAUCUCAGCUCAUCAACCAUCAGUAUGGUGGUCAGGACCCAGCUGGCUAG